AUGCAGGCGAAGGGAUUUUCAGCUUCCUCAUCGAGUGGAAAGAAGAAGGACAAGGCAGUCAACUCACUUGCUGUCCCACAGCAACAGCAAGUCGGAGGGACAGCGGCUGCUCUCGAAAAGUUCGCAUUGCCCGAGGGCGCCAUGUUCAUGGGGGCAUGGCGGAUGCUAGACGACAGCAUCUGCGAUGACCUGAUCCACUGCUUUGAGAACAAUCCGAGAGGACAGCUGCGAGGAAUGAUCUCCAUGAAGGGAACACACAACCUCGUUCAGGACAACCGCAUGUUCGACUACCAAGGCACGCGCCAUCUCAUCCUGAGCAGGGCGUUCCAGACCAUCUGCUUCGCCAACAACCCCAUGAACUGCAUCACGAGGACUACCACCGUGGGCCUUGUGGACGUCCUUCGCCUGGCCGACGACGACGCGCUCUGCGAGAAGGGGAUGCGGUCAUGGCUGCAGGACAUCGCCAAGGUGCAGCCCUCCACGAGCCUCUGGGCGGCGUCCAGGGCCUGCGUGGGGAGGAUCACCUCGGAGCAGAGCCAUUUCGCCGUGCCCGUGGCUUACGAGUGGCCCGCGUCCUUCCAGCAAAACACCCAAGUCUCCCGCUCCAACUUUCAGUAUUAUCCUCCUGGAGGAGGGUACAAGACCUUUCAUACAGAGCGGACCGGCGGGGGGCAGCCAGAAGGCUCGCGCCAUUUGGUGUUCAUGACGUACCUGAAUGAGGUGGACGAUGCAGGAGGGACGGAGUUCUACCACCAGAAGGUCACCGUGCAGCCCAAGAAGGGGCUCACGCUCGUGUGGCCAGCGGACUGGACCUUCACACACCGUGGGGUCCCGUCCCCGUCCCAGGAGAAGCGGAUAGUGACGGGAUGGUUCAACUUUGUAUCGUGA